CCACUCACCUCCCAUUUGUGUCUUGCAGAGAAUCUCUCUCUCUCUCUCUCUCUCUAAAAUGCAAAUCCUUCAUGCUCCAUCGUCACCAUAUCUCUCUCUGCUAACCUCAAAAUCACGACCAAAAGCAGGACUACUUUCUCCAGAGAAUCAUCUUCCACUAUCAAAUGUAAACUGUUCUCUUCGGCCUCAAAGAAUUGAAAGCUCCACAUGGGUAUCGAACAAACGCUCCGUUUUCAGCUCUGUAACAACUAAAGCUGCCUCUGUUGAAGCUGGCGCUUCAGCGUUAUCGACUGGAAUGGCUGAGAGUGAUGUGCUGAAAGCCUUGUCUCAAAUCAUUGACCCUGACUUUGGGACAGACAUCGUCUCGUGUGGUUUUGUGAAAGAUCUACACAUCAAUGAGGCUUCUGGAGAGGUUUCAUUUCGGUUAGAGCUCACCACACCAGCAUGUCCAAUCAAGGACAUGUUUGAGCAGAAGGCAAACGAGGUGGUGGCAGUGCUUCCUUGGGUAAAGAACGUGCAUGUCACAAUGUCAGCACAACCAGCACGACCCAUUUUUUCUGAGCAACUUCCAGCUGGUUUACAGAAAAUUUCAAAUAUUGUGGCAGUUUCAAGUUGCAAGGGAGGUGUUGGAAAAUCAACAGUAGCAGUAAACCUGGCUUACACCUUGGUUGGUAUGGGAGCUAGAGUUGGUAUCUUUGAUGCUGAUGUCUAUGGCCCCAGUUUACCUACAAUGGUCUCCCCUGAAAACCGACUACUAGAAAUGAACCCAGAGAAGGGAACCAUAAUUCCAACUGAAUACUUGGGAGUUAAAUUGGUUUCUUUUGGAUUUGCCGGACAAGGUCGUGCAAUAAUGCGAGGUCCAAUGGUUUCUGGGGUCAUCAACCAACUUCUGACUACUACCGAGUGGGGAGAGUUGGAUUAUCUUAUUGUUGACAUGCCCCCUGGAACUGGUGAUAUUCAACUUACUUUAUGCCAGGUAGUCCCUUUAACUGCUGCUGUUAUUGUUACCACUCCUCAAAAGCUAGCAUUCAUUGAUGUCGCGAAAGGAGUUCGCAUGUUUUCAAAGCUUAAGGUGCCAUGUGUUGCUGUUGUUGAGAAUAUGUCCCACUUUGAUGCUGAUGGAAAACGCUACUAUCCAUUUGGAAGAGGUUCAGGCUCUCAGGUUGUCCAGCAGUUUGGAAUCCCUCAUCUCUUUGAUCUUCCCAUCAGACCGACGCUAUCUGCUUCGGGAGAUAGUGGAAUGCCUGAAGUGGCUGCUGAUCCUCAAGGUGAAGUUGCAAAGACAUUUCAGAACCUAGGAGUUUGUGUUGUGCAACAAUGUGCCAAGAUUCGCCAACAAGUGUCUACAGCGGUCACAUACGAUAAAUCCAUCAAGGCAAUCAGGGUGAAGGUACCAGAUUCAGAUGAAGAAUUCCUUCUGCAUCCUGCAACUGUUAGACGGAAUGAUCGAUCUGCCCAAAGUGUGGAUGAAUGGACAGGGGAGCAAAAACUGCAAUAUACAGAUGUUCCAGAAGAUAUUGAACCUGAAGAUAUUCGGCCUAUGGGGAACUAUGCUGUUUCAAUAACGUGGCCUGACGGAUUCAGCCAGAUUGCACCCUAUGAUCAGCUCCAAAUGAUCGAACGGUUAGUUGAUGUUCCUAAACCAACUCCUACACCGGCAUGAUACCAUCACUGUAAUUUAUUGGUUGGAUUGGGACUGCAUCAAUUCAAUGCCUUUGUUCAAGUUUCAAAUCUUUUUUCUUUUUCCUCAUAAUGACUAGAGAGAUUAAUAGGUCAUUCUAAAUAGUUAACUGGUUUUUAUUAGUAAUACCUCCUGAGAUGUUCCUCUUUUCUCAAUAUUUUUUAUUUUUUAUUUUUUUUUCCUUUUUAAAGAAUUUAGGCAAUUAUGUAUGAGAAAUUCCUAUUGUAAAUUUUUUGCUAAAUGCAU